AGAUUGCGCGUGAUUUCAGAGGUUAGGCGUCGACGUUGAGUGCCGUGAACACUGACAGUGUGUUCACUUUUAUUAGAAAUACUGAAUCAAAUAUAUUUUUGAAUAGCAACAUAAACUUAAUCAGAAUGAUCCAAAAAUGUCCAAACCAUGUUCUUUAUUACGUCACCAGCGCCGCCUCUGAUUGGCUGCUGAUGUAGAGGCGGAAGGACAGCAUUAUCCACACAGAGAGCUCUUCUUCCUUCGCUUCGGACUUUAACCACUUUAACAUCUCUGUUCAGAGCCAGAGAAACGCUUAAAACGGUGUUUGAUGUCAGCUGACAGCAGCAGAUGUAGCUGACGUCCUUCUGUGACCGCGGUCAUGGCGGAGGUUUCGUCGCUGAGCGGUGGUGCUCCCUACAUCAGCGUGAUCACCAACCGGACCAUGAACCUGCUGAUCCGUGCUGCCAUGCUCUUCAUGGUGGGUGUGUUCCUAGCGCUCGUGCUGAACCUGCUCCAGGUGCAGCGUAACGUCACUCUCUUCCCUCCAGACGUCAUCAGCAGUGUUUUCUCAUCUGCCUGGUGGGUUCCUCCCUGCUGUGGAACAGCUGCAGCGUUGAUCGGUUUGCUGUAUCCCUGUAUGGAUCGUCGUCUGGGGGAGCCGCAUCAGCUCAAGAGAGAGUGGUCUAAUGUGAUGCGCUGUGUGGCCGUCUUUGUGGGCAUUAAUCACGCCAGUGCUAAGGUGGACUUUGCGAAUAAUGUGCAGCUGUCGUUGACGCUGGGUGCCCUGUCUGUCGGCCUGUGGUGGACGUUCGAUCGUUCACGCAGUGGUUUUGGGCUGGGAGUCAUUAUUGCACUACUUGCUACACUUGCCACCCAGCUGCUGGUUUACAACGGAGUCUUUCAAUAUACCUCCCCUGACUUCCUGUACAUUCGGUCCUGGCUGCCAUGUAUCUUCUUCGCCGGGGUCAUAACCGUGGGGAAUAUUGGACGACAGCUAGCUCUGUACGAGUACAAAGUCAGUCAAGAAAAGCCCCACCAGGAUUGAGGAGGAAUCCUCUGCACACAAGGGAAAAUCCAGGAUUCUGUGUUUGAGGACGGACAGUGUUAUGAUUUAUACCUCCAGACCUGUUUUCUGCCUCCUCAGAUGCUCAGGUUCUCUAAUUGUGUGUAACAGUAAGAUAUGAUGUUGUUUACACACUCUCAUACUGUCUUCGGCAGCGCUGAGAUGCUAGCAGCUGCUGUGAAGUGCCAAACUGACUCUGACUGAUCAAACCGAAUGACUGGAGGCAAAGCCUGGUGUGUAAAA